GCGAAGUAAAUCCUCUCACUUCACCUCUUGCACUAUGAUUUGAUCUUUGCUGUAAAGCGGCUUAGAGUGGAUCAUGUGACUAGAAAAACAUGACACACCGAUCAGGAAGCAGAGUGUAGGCCGAGCAGACUGUCAAGACAGAACUCAUUAAGGUAUUGGGGAGACUCCCAAUGUGUCAACGAUGGCCUACCAGUACGGAAAAGUGCAGGACCCAAAUGUGCUUACUCAGACGAUAAUCUCCAACAUCCAAAAGAUCGCACAACAAACAUCUGAAAUACAGAGUAUUGUGGAUAAGUUGGGAACCCCACAAGAUACAACUGAGCUCAGACAGCAGCUGCAGCAGAAACAACAGAAUGUCAACCACCUUGCCAAAGAAACAGACCGAAGUGUGAAGCAAUUUGGCUCUUUGCCUGUCACAACUGAACAGCGCCAGAGAAAGAUCCAGAAAGACCGAUUUAUCAAUGACUUCUCCAAUGCACUGGCCAAUUUCCAAAAGACACAGAGGCAGGCUGCUCAGAAAGAGAAGGCGUUUGUUGCCAGAGUCCGUGCUGAGUCCAGAGUGUCGGGUGGCUAUCCUGACGAGAGCUUUGGAGGAAAUGGAAACGUCUUUGAAAGUGGGGGGCAGGCCCAGGUCCAGUCACAGUCCCAGGAGGUGGCCAUCACUGAAGAGGACCUGCAGCUCAUCCAGGAGAGAGAGACUUCCAUCAGACAGCUAGAGUCUGAUAUUACAGACAUAAAUGAAAUAUUUAAGGACUUGGGCAUGAUGGUCCAUGAGCAAGGGGAUGUGAUCGACAGUAUAGAGGCCAAUGUGGAAACUGCUGACCUUCAUGUUCAGAAUGCCACCCAGCAGUUAGCACAGGCUGCAGACUAUCAGCGCAAAUCUAGGAAGAAGAUCUGCAUUCUCAUUGUCGUUCUGGCGGUUCUUGCUGUUGUCAUUGGUUUAAUCAUCUGGGCAUCAGUCAAAGGAUGAUGAUGCUUUUCAUAUACUCUUUGGUCCUGGCAUUUUAUUGAUUAUUUAGGACUAAGUUUGAGUUACAAAUCUCAUGGCCAUAAUACUAUAGUAAGAAGAAUACACACAGCAUAAACCUGGAAUAGGCUUGUGUGAUACAGUACCUGCUAAUUAUUAUGGACUGGAGCCUAGUCUAUGCACCAGAGGCCAAGAAUUGUGCAAUGCUAAGUAAUAUCUUGCAUCACUUUUGCUGUCAAGUUCCUCAGUGCUGGCUUAUUCUUCUCUUCAAGCCUUUAUUUUCUAUGAAGCAAUUUAUGCAUUUUUAUUUAAUCUCACAAAGAUUCUCACUGUAUAAAUAAAUAUGUACAGUGCCUUCAGAAAGUUUUUUCUCACCCACCUACACACCAUAUCUAGUAAUGACAAAGUGAAAACAUGAUUUUGACAAUGAAAUGCUGAAAUAUCACAUUUUCACAAGUAUUCACACCCCUUAAUCAAUACAUAUUUUGAAUGACCUUUGGCAGCGAUUACAGCUGUGAGUCUUUAUGGGUAAGUCUCUAAGAGCUCUGCACACCUGGAUUGUGCAAUAUUUGCAAAUUAUUAUUUUUACAAUUCUUCAAGCUCUGUCAAGUUGGUUGGUGAUCAUUGCUAGACAGCCAUUUUCUUGCCAUAGACAACUUAAUUGACAACUGCAACUAGGCCACUCAGGAACAUUCAAUGUCCUAGUGUCUGUUGGAAAGCAGACUGAACCAGGUUUCCUCUAGGAUUUUGCCUGUGCUUAGCUCCAUUCUGAUGUAUUUUUAUCCUUAACUCCGUAUUCCUUGCCGAUGAUGAGCAUAACAUGAUGCAACGUUUUCUGCAGUUUUACUUUAGUGCCUUGUUGCAAACAUGAUGCAAGUCUUGGAAUAUGUGUAUUCUGUACAGGAUUCCUUCAUUGAGGUUAGUAUUUUGGAGUAACUACAAUGUUGUUGAUCCAUCUUCAGUUUUCUCCUGCCACAGCCAUUAAACUCUAUAACAGUUUUAAAGUCACCAUUGGCUCCAUGGUGAAAUCUCUGAGCGGUUUCUUUCCUCUCUGACACCUGUAUCUUUGUAGUGACUGGGUGUAUUGCAACACCAUCCCAAAGUAUAAUUAAUCAAAUCACCAUGCUCAAA